AGGAUGAAUAAUCAAGAAAACCAAGAUGACUCAUUUUCUGAGUCUGGAAGCACUAGCAAACCAGUAGGCUAUGCCCCUUUAAGUGGUCCAUCCAUCAAAAGAAAUAGCAGCAAAAAGAGUACAAGAUUCAAAGAAGAUGAAUGCUAUGUAGAAAUCACAGUAGACGUACGUGAUGACUCUAUUUCGGUGCAAAACAUUAAGGGAAGGAACUCAGAGACUGCAAGUUUAACAAGGGAGUUUGAGAAAAAGCCUUCUACACUUGGUUCCCAUCUCUCAUUUCAACUUAGACAAGUAUCACUGGGGAUGAAGCGCAUGGCAUCUUCAACUAGGUUUAACAAAGUUGAUAGGACCAAGUCCGGGGCUGCUCGUGCUCUAAAAGGCCUAAAGUUUAUCGGAAAAAAGGUGGGAAGUGAAGGUUGGUCCCAGGUUGAAGCUCGGUUUAAAGAAUUGGCUGUCAAUGAGAUGCUUCCCAAAACUAUGUUUGCCCAAUGUAUAGGGAUGAAAGAGUCGAAAGAGUUUGCAAGCGAAUUAUUUGAUGCAUUGGCUCGUCGGAGAGGAAUAACGUCAUCUUCUAUAUCCGAAGCUGACCUCUUCGAAUUUUGGGAACAAAUUACUGAUCAGAGCUUUGAUACAAGAUUACAAACUUUCUUUGACAUGGUGGACAAAAACGCUGAUGGUAGAAUUACAGAAGAAGAGGUGAAAGAUAUUAUUGCCUUAAGUGCUUGUGCAAAUAAAUUGUCAAAGAUCCAAGAACAAGCCGAAGAGUAUGCUGCACUGAUCAUGGAAGAGCUGGACCCAGACAACCUCGGAUACAUUGAGUUGUACAACUUGGAAAUGCUACUCCUCCAAGCUCCAAGCAAAUCAACCAACAUGGGGACUGAUACUCAUGUUCUAGGCCGGCUACUAAGCCAAAGGCUAGUCCCAACCAUGGAGUACAACCCCAUAAAGCGGUGCAACCGGCGGCUUGCCUACUUCCUCCAAGACAAUUGGAAACGGAUUUGGGUUAUAGCCCUAUGGCUUUCAAUCUGCGCAGGCCUUUUCGCUUGGAAAUUCAUACAAUAUAAGCAUAUGGCAGUGUUUGAUGUCAUGGGCUAUUGUGUCAACAUUGCUAAGGGUGCAGCCGAGACGCUUAAGUUCAACAUGGCCCUAAUUCUUCUACCCGUGUGCAGAAAUACCAUUACAUGGCUUAGAAGCAAGACCAAGUUAGGGAUGGUGGUUCCCUUUGAUGACAAUAUCAAUUUCCAUAAGGUAAUUGCUUUUGGAAUUGCAAUUGGAGUUGGGCUACAUGCUGGUGCACAUCUAACAUGUGACUUCCCUAGACUAUUACAUGCUUCGGAUGAUAAAUACGAGUCAAUGAAGCCAUUUUUUGGUGAGAAGCGACCAAAUAACUAUUGGUGGUUUGUGAAAGGGACUGAGGUUUGGACCGGCGUGGUUAUGGUAGUUCUUAUGGCUAUAGCAUACACAUUAGCCCAACCUUGGUUCCGUCGGAACAAGCUAAACCUUCCAAAAACUAUUAAAAAGCUCACAGGGUUCAAUGCCUUUUGGUACUCCCACCACUCAUUUGUCAUUGUUUAUAUCCUUUUAUUAGUACAUGGAUACUACCUUUACUUCUCCAAGGAAUGGCACAGAAAGACAACAUGGAUGUAUCUGGCUGUCCCAAUUUUACUCUAUGCAUGUGAACGCUUAAUACGUGGGUUUAGAUCUAGCUAUAAAACUGUGCGGAUAUUAAAGGUUGCAUUGUACCCCGGAAAUGUGUUGGCCCUGCAUAUGUCUAAACCUCAAGGCUUUAGAUAUACUAGUGGGCAGUAUAUAUUUGUAAAUUGCUCAGCUGUCUCUUCCUUUGAAUGGCAUCCUUUUUCGAUUACUUCAGCGCCAGGGGAUAAUUAUCUUAGCAUCCACAUACGCACCUUGGGUGACUGGACAUCACAACUCAAAGCUAUUUUCUCGAAGGUAUGCCAGCCUCCUUCUAGCGACGAAAGUGACCUAUCUGACUCUGCACAAGACAAUAACAAACCAAGAAUGCCAAGGCUCCUGAUCGACGGCCCCUAUGGAGCACCGGCACAAGAGUAUAAAAAGUAUGACGUCCUCCUCCUCAUCGGCCUUGGCAUUGGUGCCACGCCUUUAAUUAGCAUUGUUAAAGAUGUACUUAAUAACAUUAAGCAGCAAAAAGCACAAAAUGCUACUAAACAAGCUUACUUCUAUUGGGUUACUCGUGAACAAGGCUCUUUUGAGUGGUUUGAGGGUGUGAUGAAUGAGGUAGCAGAAAGUGUUUGUAAUGGAGUAAUUGAGAUUCACAACUAUUGCACUAGUGUUUAUGAAGAAGGAGAUGCUCGAUCGGCUUUAAUCACUAUGCUUCAAUCAAUACAACAUGCUAAAACUGGUAUGGAUAUUGUCUCAGGCACAAGGGUUAAAACACAUUUUGCUAGACCAAAUUGGCGUAACGUUUUUAAGAAUGUAGCACUUAAGCACACCAAUGAAAGAGUUGGGGUGUUCUAUUGUGGUGCGGCUGGAUUGGUUGGGGAGCUAAGAUGGCAAGCUCGAGACUUUUCCAGGAAAACCUCGACCAAAUUUGAUUUCCAUAAGGAAAACUUCUAA